AUGAAAAAGAUUGAUGUUGCAACAGAGUUUUUACGUAAUCCAAAAAUAGCAUCGAAUUCGAUCGAAAACAAACGAGAAUUUUUACGUAAAAAAGGUCUAACGGAUUUCGAAAUUAAUCAUGCAUUCAACAUUGUACCGCAAGACGAUGGCAUCAAAAAUAAUAGAAUUGAAGAGUUAUCCCAAACACAACAACAGUCAUCAGUUUUUCGUAAAAUAAUAACUGAUUUAGCCAUAUUAGGAUUAUUAGCAACUGCAUUUAUAACAAUUAAACGUUGGUUUCAAUCGAAGAACAAAAAUGAAAUUGUCGAUGCUUUGUUACCGUUACAAACAUCUGUUCGAGAUAUGUGCUCAAGUAUUGCAAAACUCGAACAAUCUGUUAAUCAACUAACUAAGUCUGUCAAUGAAAUCAAAGAAAAAAACACUGAUGCAUCAUCAUGUUCUGUAUCAAUUAAUGAGAUGAAACAAGAAAUUCAAACAUUAAAAGGACUUUUAUUAAGUCGUCAGCAAUUUCCUUCACCACCACAAAUUCAAGCACGCAUACCAUCGUGGCAGCUAGAGACUGAUAAAUCUAAGUCUGGCACAAGAUUUUUAAACAAAAAAUCAGAUAUAACUGACGAAAAAAUCAAUCAACAAGCACUCAAUAGUUUAACAUCAACGGAAGAUAAUGAUUUAACACAAACAAAUGAGAGUAUCAUAGUAAUAAACAAAAAUGAAAAUGGAACUAAUCCCGAUGAAACAAUGACAACAGAGAAACCAAUAGAUGAGCAAUUAAAUAAAGCAUCUGAUCCAGAUGAUUCUAAAAUAAAAGCAAAUAUUGGUAGAAAAGGACCAAUUGCACGUGAAUCAUUACCACCAUGGGGUAUCGAGCCUACAAAUGCCAAUGGACGAUUACCAUGGAUUUUACAAAUACCAAAAGAACCAUAUUAUGAAGGUGUUGAGGAAGCACGUCAAUAUUUACCAAUGUCAUUAAGAACGUUACAACGAUUAAUCGAUCUUCGGCGUAUAAAUCCUCUGAAACCAAUUGAUUUACCAGUAUUGUGCAAUACAAAACUUUUUGCAAUUGAUCCAGAACAGCGUCAAUUUGGUUUACAAUUAGUUGAUGACGGUGCUGAUAUAUUUGCUACACCAAUCAAUCUUGAAGUACAAUGGGUAUCAAGUGAAGUAGCUAUAGCUGCUAUUGAACGUUGUGGUGGUGUUUUAACAACACGUUAUUUUGAUCCAAUUUCUUUAACAUCAUUAAUUGAUGCAAAAAAAUUUUUUGAACGUAGUGAACCAAUACCACGUUGUGAUACACCACCAAUAAAUGCUAUUGAAUUUUAUACAAAUGCAAAAAAUCGUGGCUACUUAUGUGAUCCAGAUUUAAUACGUGAAGAAAGACAUAUUUUAGCACAAAAAUUUGGAUAUACAAUACCAGAUAUUUCUAAGACAAAUCCAUCAUUGUACAAUAUGUUACGUUUGAGAAAAGAUCCAAGACAAAUCUUUUAUGGGCUUGAGCCCGGUUGGGUAAUUAAUUUAAAAGACAAAUCUAUUCAUAAACCAAAAGACGAGAAAUACGAAAAAUUUUAUCACUCCUAA